AUGGUAGGUGUGGAUACUGUUCUCAAGCCGGCGCUCGAAGCCGAAGCCUGUCCGGUAUGUGGCGAUCGAGUUUCUGGAUAUCACUAUGGAUUGUUGACUUGCGAAAGUUGCAAGGGUUUCUUCAAAAGAACAGUGCAAAACAAGAAGCACUACCAGUGUUCUGCCGAUUCAUCCUGUCAUGUUGACAAAACUUGUCGAAAACGCUGUCCUAGCUGUCGCUUUGCAAAAUGUAUGGCUGAGGGAAUGAAGGUCGAAGCUGUUCGUGAAGAUCGAAUGCGUGGAGGGAGAAACAAGUUUGGCUCUUACUACAAAAGAGAUCGAGCAGCUCGAAUGCAACGAAUAGCUCUUCAAGGAAGUAAUCCUCAGACUAACUCAGGUGCCUUCUACACUCCACAACCAGCGAUGGACCAACAAGUGACAAGCAGUACGCCUGAUCAGCCUCCGCACAUUCACUACUUCGAAGGUGAUCAGCACAAAGUGAAAACAGAAUACGAUGCAAUGUUACAGAGCCCAACACUAUCAAGUAGCACCCCAUCUCAGCAGAACUUUAUCAUUCAUCGACCGAAUCCAUAUGUUCCUGAUAGCGAAGGAUUAGCAGCUCUUCUGGGGCAGUCCAUAGACGAUCCGCUCCUGAGAUCUCAAACAUUUCCAAUUUACCCUACGAUCAAGCCGGAACCUUUCGAUUACGCAGAUCACUACUUGCCAGCUCAGAUUCCCGAUUAUUCAGCAUUUCAUACACCUAUAAGCUAUUCAACAAUGAUUUCCCACACAGCAAAUUCCGUACCUCGAAGUGCCUCAAACUCAGGUUCGAGCAGGUCAUCUCCAGUUCUCCCGGUUUGUCCUAUUCCUACAGAAAAGACUGUAGAUGCAUUUUAUGUUAACAGCAAUGAGAUGGAGUGGCUAUUGAGGGCUCUUCCUGAAAGUCCACGAAUUUUAUCAAUUCUUCGUAAUGUGGACAAAGCUGACCCCUUCACGUACUCUAUGGCUGUGGUGGAAGCAAACCUAAAUGAGCUUGUUACUUGGGCAAAGAACGCUCCGUACUUUCCUCAACUUGAGAUGGAAGACCAAAUGAUGAUCCUGCAGUCGUCGUGGGCCUCUAUCCACGUAAUCGACGUUAGCUAUGCAGUUCUGAAGGGAGAAAUCUCUCAUAUCGUGAAAUUGUCCAACGGUGUCGACAUUCCGACCGGACUUAUUGCACUCAUGGGAUACCAUGUUCACAUUCACAAGUGGACAGAACUGAUUGGCAGAUUGCAUGCACUCGGCUUUGAUCGAUGUGACUACGCAGCCUUCAAGUUCCUUGCGUUUUACCAGAAAAUCGAGGAUCACGUAGAGGUCCAGCUGAAAAAUCCACAUCACAUCUUGAAAGCUCGAGAGUCUCUUUUGGCUUCAUGGGGUGCCUACAGAGGCACGUCCAAUGCUACACUACUGCCUCACUACGACAUUUUCGUGCAGAUGAAGUGA